CGCAAAUAAAGAUCUCUUACCUUCGUUUCAGACACUAUUGCAAUUAUUUUUCCAGAAAUAUCUCCACUUCACUUGUUUCCAACCUCUUCCUCAUAUGGUCUUCUGCGAUUUCUAAUAUAUACUACCAGUAAGACAUGGCCAUGAGGUCUCUUGUCCUCCUUUGCAUCACCUUGGUUCUAGUGCCAGUUUCCCUAGCCUCAAGGAAGUGGCAUUUCAAAUGGGAAGUGGGCUACGUCUACUGGUCGCCGGACUGCAGAGAAAACAUCAUGAUCGGAAUAAAUGGUCGUUUUCCAGGUCCUACCAUCCGCGCCAAGGCCGGAGACACCAUCAAAGUAGAGCUAAAGAACGGUCUCCCCACCGAGGGAGUGGUUAUCCACUGGCACGGCAUCAGACAGUUCGGAACACCGUGGGCUGAUGGGACCGCAUCAAUAUCGCAGUGCGCAAUCAAUCCUGAGGAAACCUUUAUCUAUGAAUUCAAAGUUGAGAAGCCGGGCACAUACUUCUAUCAUGGGCACUAUGGAAUGCAGAGGGCAGCAGGGCUGUAUGGGUCUCUGAUAGUGGACGUGGCAGAUGGCCAAAAGGAGCCCUUCGACUACGACGGCGAGCUCAAUCUGCUGCUGAGCGAUUGGUAUCACCAAAACGUACAAGCGCAGAUGCUCGGCCUCUCUUCCAAACCCUUUCGCUGGAUUGGAGAACCACAGAGUCUAUUGAUCAAUGGGAGAGGGCAGUACAACUGUUCACUGGCGGCACAUGUUAUCCCUGGGUCCAGCACGUGCAGGAGUAAACGAGGGGAGUGUGAACCGGUGGUGCUCCGAGUCCUUCCGAACAAGACUUACCGGCUGCGGAUCGCAAGCACCACGUCGCUGUCAUCCCUCAAUCUGGCAAUCGGGCAUCACAAGAUGAUCGUGGUCGAAGCAGAUGGAAACUAUGUGGAACCAUUCACUGUGGAUGAUAUGGACAUCUACUCAGGUGAAAGCUACUCUAUCCUCAUCACCACCGAUCAGGUCCCAUCGUCGAACUAUUGGCUCUCCGUUGGUGUGAGAGGAAGGCUUCCCCAAACACAACCUGCUCUUGCUAUCUUAAAUUACCACCCCAAUUCCCCAUCGAAGUUACCAGCAUCCGAACCUCCCGUUGCUCCCACAUGGAAUGACUAUGCCCACAGCAAAUCUUUCUCCUACAAAAUCCAUGCUCGACGAGGCACGCCCAAGCCUCCAACGAAUCCUGUCCGACAGAUCGCUCUACUCAAUACCCAGAACAAGAUCGAUGGCUUCAUCAAAUGGUCCAUCAACAACAUCUCUUUGGUCCUUCCAUCCACUCCCUAUCUUGGUUCCAUGAGGUACCGCUUGAGGAAUGCUUUUGAUGACAGAAAACCACCUGAGAAUUUUGCCAGGGACUAUGAUAUAAUGAAACCUCCAAUAAACCCCAGCGCAAUGCAAGGUAGUAAUGCGUACAAGCUUGAGUUCAACAGCACGGUUGAUGUGAUUCUUCAAAAUGCAAAUGCACUCUCCGGUAAUGUGAGCGAAAUACACCCAUGGCAUUUGCAUGGUCAUGACUUUUGGGUGCUGGGAUAUGGAGAUGGGAGGUUCAGCAAGAAGGAUGUCACAAAAUUUAAUCUAAAGAAUCCACCAUUGAGGAACACGGUAGUGAUCUUUCCCUAUGGAUGGACAGCAAUAAGGUUUGUGGCAGACAAUCCUGGAGUCUGGGCAUUUCAUUGCCACAUAGAGCCCCAUUUACAUAUGGGCAUGGGUGUAGUUUUUGCUGAAGGUGUUAAAUUGAUCGAGAAGAUACCAAAAGAAGCACUGGCUUGUGGAAUGACCGGGAAGACGUUAAUGAACAACCACCUUCCAUAAGGAAGCAGCAUUUCGUACGGUUUACUCAUCCAUUGUCAGUUCCACAGUGAGGCAGAUAUGUUCAUGUAUUUAUGCUGAGAUAAAGAACUAUUUAUGGUUUGACAAGGAACUCAGCAGUUUUUGCUCAGGAUGGUAAAUUAAAUUACAUUGUACUCUAAUUUCCAUUUGCAAAACUUAUCAGGAGAAAAAGCAGUUGGAGCUCAA